AUGGCUUCGAAUAGACAAGUAGUUAGCGUAGAUCAACCAAAUGCUGAAUCUAUUCUACUCGACUGGCUAAAUGACGAAGAUUGUACCGACGAUGAAUCUCAAUCACUUGAACCAUCUCGAGCUGUGAUACCUGAAGAACUAUUAUCCGACUCUGAAGAUGACUGUAUACCUUCUGAUCACGACUCGGACUCAGAGUAUUCAGUUGACUCAGAUGAUGAAGAUGUGUUAACCUCAGGUGAGAGCACUAAAUAUUAUUACGGAAAAAACCGAUUCAAAUGGUCAAGCGAACCCCCGUCAAGAAACAUCCGCACACAGUCUCACAAUAUUCUUCGUUUGCCUUCAAACCAAAAUGAUUUAGUUACAGAGAAUGGUCCGAUUUCUCCUUUGGAUGCAUUUCAGCUUAUUUUUGAUAAUCAAAUGAUAGAAACGAUUUUAGAGUGGACUAAUAAAAAAUUGGAAAUAGUUCGUGAGACCAUUUCACCAAAGGAGCAAUACGCUUUCAAGGAGACGAGCCAAAUAGAACUGAAAGGUUUUCUCUCUCUGCUACUAUAUGGUGCAGCAUUUAAGUCCAAUCAUGAAAGUGUAUUGUCGUUGUUUGCAACUGACGGAACAGGGAGACCUAUAUUUCGGGUUUCUAUGUCUAAAAAACGUUUCCUUAUACUACUUCUAGUUCUCAGAUUUGACAAUUUCACUGACAGAGAAGCUCGAAAAAUAAUAGAUCCAGGCUGUGCUGUUAGUGAAUUUCUUGAAAUGUUCAAUAAAAACUCACAAGCAAGGUAUGUCCCAGGUGCUAAUUUUACUGUUGACGAGAUGCUGCUGGCUUUUCAUGGAAGGUGUAGGUUUAAAAUGUAUAUCCCCAGUAAGCCAGCCAAAUAUGGAGUGAAGGUACAAUGUCUAGCUGAUUCUGCAACAUUCUACGUAUAUAACACUUACAUAUAUACAGGAAAAGGAUCUGACUCUUACACAUUAUCAGAAGAAGAUAAGAAAAAGCCUGUUCCAACUCAAGCAGUACUUAGACUGUGUAAGUCAAUAUUUAACACCAACAGAAAUAAGGGGUGUUUUUUUAAGCUAGAUAGAACUUUAAAUUGUAAAAAUUCUAUCGGGCUUAAAAAAACACCCAUUAUAACAACAGACUAUUGGUAUUCGUCAAUAGAACUUUCACAAGAACUUAAAAAUAAAGGAUUGACUACAGUAGGUACUUUGAAAAAAAACAAAGCUGUCAUUCCAAAAGAGUUUUUACCUGCGAAGAACAAAGAGCUGAAUAGUUCACUGUUUGGAUUUACGAAAUAUUGCACUUUAGUCAGUUUUCUGCCUAAAAAAAACAAAGCAGUAAUAUUGUACUCUACGAUGCAUCACGAUUCUAAAAUUAAUCCAGAAUCUCUAAAGCCUGACAUUAUUGAAUAUUAUAAUGACACAAAAAGUGGCGUAGAUUCGGUGGACCAAAAAUGCUCUGUAUAUUCAUGCAGUCGACGUACACGACGUUGGCCAAUGGCAGUUUUUUUCCGCAUAUUGGACAUGAGUGCGUGGAACAGCUAUGUUAUUCACAAAAGCCAAGCAGGUAUCAGCAAAAUGACACGUCUAAAUUACAUAAAAGGAUUGGCUGAGCAACUAAAUGACAUGAAUUUGAAAUCACGGCAAUACAACGAAAGACUUCCUCGUCAGCUACGCGAGUUGAUAUCUGACAUCACAAAGGUACCUCUUGUAGAAGAACAACAAGUUUUAGAUGACAAAUUGCCUAGAAAGCAAAGAAAAUACUGCCAUAUAUGUCCUAAACGCCUGAAAAGAAAGACUUCAUUUUUGUGCCAUAACUGUAUGAAGCCAGUAUGUUUGGCAUGUACGAAGAAGAUUUGCACUCAUUGUGUUGCGACAGCUAAAGAUUAA